AUGGCGGCUCCAGCCCCAGCACCUCAACAGACGUCGAACGACCUGAGCAAGGGCUGCCAGCCCGUCAUCUUCGUCUUCGCUCGUGGCUCGACCGAGCCAGGGAACAUGGGGUACCUCGUUGGACCUCAAACGUGCACUGCUCUGAAGAAGGGAGGUGGCGUCGCCUGCCAGGGUGUCGGAGGCGCGUAUACGGCCAGCAUCAUGGACAACGUGUCCACCCUCGGAACGACGCAGGCGGCGAUCAAUGAGGCCAAGAAGACGUUCAGCAACGCGGCGAAGAAAUGCCCGGACGCAAAGAUCGUCUUCGGUGGCUACAGCCAAGGCGCCGCCGUCAUGCACGGUGCGGUGUCGUCUCUUGAGGCGGGCCUCAAGGAGAAGGUCGUGGGUGGUGUGCUCUAUGGCGACACCCGCAACCAGGAGGACAAAGGCCAGAUUCCCAAUUACCCUAAAGAGGCGGUGAAGAUCUUCUGCAGAUCGGAUGAUGGUGUUUGUGGCGCGGGACUCUCCGUCACGGCUGGCCACUUGGCAUAUGGUAGCGACGUCAAUGCUGCUGUCCAGUUCCUGCGACAGAGGAUCGGAAAGUAA